CACUGUGGAGUGUGGAUAAACGAUAAGGGGGAUGAGAGGGUCUGUAUAUUCAUCUUGUUCGGGAACUUCUCCCAACUUGGGUUCAACGGCUCUCAUUCUGAGAAGAAGCAGAGCCUUUGCUCAGUUCCAACGUGGGAGUAAAGGUUUCGACCCCAAAAUCUCUCCCCUUUCUCUGGGUUUCAGAUGCUUUUUCACCAUUCAAUUGAAGAAGGACGAGAAACAAGAAUGCCGAUGUGGGUCUGCGUUUUCUUCAAAUUCCAAUGGAGUAGAAGCUUCAGAUGAUGACUUCAUAGUCGUAAACUUCUACCAUUUUGUGUUCAUUGCAGACCCAGAAGAGGAAGUGGCCAAGCACCUCUCCUUCUUGCAGGGUCUUGACAUUCAUGGUCGAGUAUAUAUAAAUGAGAAAGGGAUUAAUGCACAGUACAGUGGCCCAUCUCAAGAUGCUUUGGUGUAUUUAAAAUGGUUGAAAGAAGACCAGAGAUUUUCUUAUUUUUUGGCUCAGAUAUCUCCUGCUAUAUCUGGGCAUGCCUUUCCACGACUGAAACUGCGGUAUAAACCUUCACUGGUGCAGUUGGAAGGCGGCAUCUCACAUCUUCCUUUGCUUGACCCUUCAAUGCGAGCAACUCCACUUACACCAUCAGAAUGGAGGCAAAGAUUGGAAACUGUAAAUAAUUUUGACAGAACAUCAAGCCCAAAGCUUAGUAGGAAGUUUAUUCUUUUGGAUGUGAGAAAUGGGUAUGAAUGGGAUAUUGGUCAUUUUCAAGGGGCUCAACGACCUGAUGUGGACAGCUUUAGGAGCACUUCAUUUGGGCGAUCUAAGUCAGAGCUCACUGCAGUGGAUCCUCUAGCCAGUGUCGAUAAAGAAAGUACAGAUAUUUUGAUGUAUUGUACAGGAGGCAUCCGUUGUGAUGUAUAUUCUACAAUCCUAAGGCAAAAGGGCUUCCAAAACUUGUACACUUUGAAGGGUGGUGUCUCUCAUUAUCUCAAGACUGAAGGUCCUGUUGAAUGGGUUGGGAAUUUGUUUGUUUUUGAUUCUCGUCUUUCUCUCCCACCGUCGGCCUACAAGCCUGGAGCUGUGGCUAAAGCAGGCCGCUCUCAACUGGUCUCUUUGGAUAGUUCCUUCCUAAGAUGCUACAUCUGUGGGUUGCGACUUUGUGAACCGAGGCACCGAAAUUGUGCAAAUAUAGAUUGCAAUCUGCUUUUUCUAUGUUGUGCGAACUGUGUGAAAGAGCUACAAGGAUGUUGUUCUAUGGAUUGUGCAUCUGCUCCUCGUCUUAGACCCCUUUUACUUGGUCAUCAGAGAUACCAAAAGUGGCAUAUUUAUCGUGAUCUGCAGUUGCAGGAAAGCCACUAGCUUAUUCUCUCCUGAUUAUGGGUGAGUAUCCUUCUGAAAUUUGUAAUCUAUGUUUCUCAUCUUCUGGGAUGAAUAGAAAAUUGGUCUGCCUCAUGGGUUGGAAGAAUGAAUGUUGGGUACUGGUAACAAAUCCAUAUCUCCCUUUCAGAAAAUCAGGACAAAAAGAAGCAUUUAACCACUCAAUCAUGCUCCUUUCUUGCUUGAGUAGAUGAAACUUUUGUUUGUUUGCUCAUCACUUCACAUUUUUAACUGGUUCUUACCAGAUCAAGCAUGCAUCUUCCUCUCUUGAGGUUGGAUAUGAUUA